UUUCAUAAAACAUUGUAGCUUACAAUUGUUCCUGAGGUUGGAUUUAAGGUGUAUAUUUUUGGAAACAAAGAUGGUGUCUAACAACCGGAACGCGGCUAAAACCGCCUUGUUAUUUGUGUUUGGAGCGGUUUAGUGCCGCUAGCUACGACCGUCUGUUGUUGUCAUCGGGAGUAGCAUUAAUAGUAUUGAUAGUACUGUAAUAGUAUAAGUAGUGGUACUUAAAGACACAUUGAAGUGUUCUGUUACUCCACACAGUAGACACGUCAAUCAUAUUUACUUGAUUUCGACGCCAGUCUUUAUUUUCCGUGCCACCUGAUGUCUAUGAUCGUAGCAAGUGGCAAACGUUAGAGGAUGUGAGACUGUCUAUUGAGGAAAGAAAAUCUCUGGACGGUGUGUAUGUGUUGAAGAUUAGAUUUAUUAUGUAAGAACUGGCUUCAUUUCUGCUGGGUGGUGUUACGGUACAUCCAGUUCCACUGUGAAGAGUUCAUGAUGACUCACUGACUAACUCAUUGCCAACAUGCCAGUGAUCAAACAUGUACUCUUAAUUUAUUAGCUUGUCGUCCUCAUUUGCUCAUUUUGCAGGAAAGCUCUUUUAAAGGAAAACUGCACGUUUUUGGAAUUUUGCCCAUCGUCCACAAUCCAUAUGUGAAACCAGCACACGUCUUUCCAUUUUCUGUGCGUUCUAAAGAGAGAAGAACAGUUAGCAGGAGGGAGCUAACAAUGCAAGCCCUCUAAAAACCUCCAGCAACGUCUUACCAUUUUAUAUACAUGCUGUGACCAUGCACUAACAGGUACUUUCAUGAGAACAUGCAGUACUUAUUAUUUUGCCAUAUUUUGAUCACUUUAAACUUCACCGGAACUUCUUUUUGGGCACAUUGAUUUCACAUAUAGUGCUACUUCUGUCAACAACAGCAGCGUGUUAAGCGCAUGUCUGUUCGUUACUACUAAUCAUGGCAGAUUUAGUGAGAGCCGCUGCCGAUGACUACUUUUGGACAAGUGAGGAUCCAGAACCUUAUCAUUUUGAGCCUGAAUAUAUAACGAUGAGCCCGCAAGAAGAGGGAGUGAAACUUCAUAGCAGAUGGGGAGCAAGUCAUUACACAGGCAUGACUUGGUGGUGUAAAUGUGGAGCUUGUAUGGAGUAUUUCUGCUGCACUGAGUGGCAUACAGUGUUACCAACGAUGGAAAGGCUUCGUGUGUCUGUCAAGGAGGACAUUGCUCGAAGAGAUUGCAUGACAACAAACAAAGGAUUCUUAGCACUAACAAACCCUGCAGUGAGAAACUUUUUCCACCUACCCAAAAUAAACUGGAAAAGAUGCCCCAGACCAGCUGGACCAGACGGACAACUGUCCAUUGAGUAAGUCACCAUGAUAUUGAUUGUCAUACAUGGAGUGCAUAGCACAUGAUAUCCCAGCACAGUCCAUCUAGCUUGUGUAUAAAGAAACAUGGAAUGUGGGCUAAUACUUUACAGAUAAUUUGGUUGUUUAUUGGUAGUUGUUCUUAUGCUUGUUCUUGUUUCCCAGUCAGUCCAGAUUGGUGUCCUAUCACAUUGUUUUGAACAGCAGCGCUUGCUUAUGGCGUGAGGCACUGCACAAUUACGCCAGAAAAAUAGUUCUUAGAGUUAGCUGCUACAAUAACAAUGUCGCUGUAGCUUGGUUUACAUACAGGUCAGUUAUGUAAAUAGAACUUUGUUGUCAUUUUUGGAGGGGGUUUUUUUAGGGAUUAAUAGUCAAAAAUAGGUGUGUCCCAUUGUUAGCUCCCACAUGCUCGCUGUUUUUUAGCUGUCAAAAGAGAAAGACAUGUGUGGUCAUGUUUCACAUAAGGAUUGUAGAUGAUGGGCAAAAUUCUCAAAAAAGUGCAGUUUUACUUUAACGCCACUCACUGAAUGAUGUGUCUGUAUCCGAGGAACACUAUACAAGCUAUUGCGUAGCCUGUCCCCAGGGACACCCAGGCCCUAGCUGGGGCUCUACGUUUACCAAAAGUGACGUUCUCAACAAAGAUCGAACACUAUUCUUAUCGGGACGUGGGUCCACCUCAGAGUCAAGACUCAGAGUAACACUGUCACCAUCAUAACACCUCUAUUACAACUAUACAGGCAUUGUUUUCUGUAACAUUUCAACAUUAUUAACAUUUUUUUUCAACAGGAGAAGCUCAAUGAAAAAGUACAUUGAAAAAAAUUGUAUGCAUGCAAAACACGAAAAACUUUUCGCAUAUCUGUAGGUGAAAUUUAAAUACGGAACGGAUUGAGUGAAGAAGUCAAACAAUGUGCUAAUAUGAGCCAGUUUAAGAAACAGUACAAACAUGUGUUCAUAAGAAGAAGAAAGACAAAACACAGUGUCAUAUCAUUUUUCUCAUAAUUUUUUAUAAUUUAGUAUAGUGCUUUUAUUACUCAAUUUUUAUGCCAUCUUUAUCUAUAAUAUACUCUGUAGUCUUUUAUUCAUUAGAGAAUGUUAGUUUUACUCCCAUACUUAACAUUUACUUGUCAUUCUUUUAUUAUUAUUGAAUUAAGGUAGUACUACUUUUUAUAGAUUAUUAAUUGAUUCCUAAAUGUCAGUAAUCGAUGCUGACGGAACAAAAAGACGGAAAGCGGAAGUGCCGCCCAGACAGUUUAUGUUGGUGCACCUACCGUAAUGGGCGCCACAAGGGAGAGGACAAUCAACUGCGAUUGGCAAAAACUCAUCACCAACGUGUAGCAAGCCCUGCACACGGGUGGCGACGAGCGGCUGUGACCAGCUACACUGGUGAGUGACAAGUUCACAUCCAGAGUGACUUGUACGAGUCUCCCACAGUUUUGAUUGGCUGUCAGAUGUGGAGGGAAUUUGGGGGAGUCAAACUAGUUCGGAGGAGGAAAAGCGGCUGGUAUUGCUCGAGUACUCCUGCUGGAUCUUACUAGUAUUGAAGAUAAACUUAUAUAUGUCCGUGUAAAUUAAUCUAAACUUACCCGAUAUGUUUACUCUGGCUCCAACGAGUUGCCAUGCCGCUGCUUUUGUCUUUAUAUCUCUAUAUUCUUUUAGAAAUGUUAAAUAGCUCCAGGAAAUUAAUCUGUUUCAUGUUUAUUUUAAUUGUGGAUCAUUGCAAAUAUGCUUUGUUUUUGUAGUACACAGUGAGUAAAAAGAAAUUAUACAUAGAAAAAAAUGAUGCUUGAAAAAAUUGACCAACUAUUGAUCACAAAAAAAGAUGCAUCGAUAAUCGUUUUAUCAUCGCAUUGCAGGCCACUGAUUCGUAAUCACCUCGAAUCGUGAGGUGACCAGAGAUUCCCCUCCCAGUACAGUGUUCCCUCGUUUAUCGCAGGGGGUAGGUUCCCAAAAUAGUAAAAUCCCAAUAAGUAAAAUCCGUAAAGUAGCCAACUUCAUUUUUUUUUUCAAUUAUUAUAUAUGUUUUAAGGCUGUAAAAACCCUCACCAUACACUUUAUACACUUUUGUCAGACAGGCAAUAACAUUUUCUCACGUUUCUCUCUUGUUUAAACACUUUCAAAAAAGGUCAAACCUUCAUUUGAAUUUCAAUGAUCAACCUUAAUGAUCAACACAAGAAAUUAUUCAGUUACUCACUCAUAUUUCACUCCUGUGACUGUGCCUUUUCAUCCUGGCGUCGUUCUGCUGUACUGUAUCCUUGUUAAAACAUAUUGUUGCAGAUGAACCGAAGAUUCAUUUACAAGCUAGCAAGCUAGCGAUGACACAGGAGACAUGGCAGGACGGCACGAAGGAGAUUGAAUGACAAUGGUCUACAGACAAUCAAGACGCAGAAAACAAUGGGCAGUGCACACUCGAAAAGUGAACCACGAUAGAGCGAGGGAACACUGUACUAUAUUUAUUGUAUAUCUCAAAACUCUGCAUCUUUACUGGCAUCUUUAUCCUUUUUCUUUAACCAUUAAAAAAAAUUAUUAAACUGGUACACGUUCCCAAAACAUAUGCAGGAACAAAUGACGUUCCUCGGAAGGCGAUUUUUUGUUUACAGUUGUCCCUUGCUACAUCGCAGUUCAAACAUUGCUCCCUCACUCUCAGUUUUUCAAAAAAUAAUUCAUAAAUGAUUGCUGAUUUGUGGUUGAUUACGGCCCAUUAUUAGUCAAAAAAUAUUCAAAGACAAGUCAUGUAGUAUUCUGGUCAUAAUGUUACAUUGAUGAGACAUUACCGUAACACUGCAUGGAGUCAGCAAUGGCAUGUCCGACAGGACAUACAGUAGUAGGCCUGGGCGAUAAACCGAAAAUGCACCGUUACCGAAAUUUACUACGAUAACCGACUACAUUCACAUAAUUAAUGCAGCCACGUGACUCGACCCAUCAAGCUUGAACAAGAAGGGAAACAAGAUGAUGAGGGAACAGUUGAUGUUUCAAAUGAAGAAGCGGCUGUACAGUGCCAGCAUUUCACUCGCUUUUGCGUCUAGAAAUAGACUGUGUGAGUAGAAAAAAUAAAAAGGGAGCACACGUGCAACUAUGUUUUUCAACCCUUUGAUUCGCAUUUAGCUCCUGAAAUGAGUCCAUACAAAGUGAAUCAAAGUAGAGUAACAUUUUGGCGCGUCUGUAUAUAAAUCUACAAGUCUCCUACCACUUUUCUUGGCUCACAUCGGCAACUCGUGUUGAUGGGCGAUCAGCCGUACAAGCUGCACUCGCUGAUGUAGCUAACUAGCUAUGUCAUCAGUUGGAUACUGGAGUGCUGCGGGAAUGAUAACUGCUCUUUGUGACGUACUCUGUGCUUUCCCAAUCAUGCGCUGAAAAUCCUUUUUUUUUUGUUUGUAUUAAUCAUAAUGCCGCUCUGAAUGAUACACAAAUACUUGACUUGAAAUAUAUGUAUUUUUAAAGCCUUAAAAAAAAAAACAUGUACCAAAAUGACCAAUUAUGCAAAAUUGACAAUUCACAAAUAAAGAACAAGAUAAAAACAUUAUAAAAGCGUCUCUAUAGGAAACCAUAAUUAGUUUGCUGUUGGUAGCGGUUUUUAAGGAUUCCAUGCUUUAUUUGCUGUCACGAAUGGAUGGUCAUAUGGCUACAAGAAGAUGUGAAAUUCUCUUUUCCUUGUGUAAAUGGUCAUUUUGAUGAUGGCUAUCUAUCCAGUUUGUAAAACCAACAUGGCACACACAUAUAGGCACAUAACAUGACAAUGGAAUGUCUGGAAUUGAAUAGAAUUGUUAGAAAAAUGAGAAAGUCACCACACUAGAUCCCCAACUUACGAACACCCGACUAGCGAACACUCGCGGAUACGAACACAAGCCGACUGGUCUAUAUUUUAUUUUAUUUUGCCUUGUAGUCAGUCAGUAUUUAUACUGCUACUGUACAUGCUUGACCAGUAGAGGGCACUGUGAUACUGCUAAUGCAGCCUUAGAGCUAAUGAAACCAACACAGGACGAGUUAAACGCUGGGGAGAUACAGUGUAAAGCUAAAUGGAAAGCUAAAUUAUACAACCCGGACAGAGCGUGUGAUUAAAGUUAUGAAGAGUUAAUCGGCCUGCUUAAUUCUACACCACCCACAGAACACUACCUCUUUUAGAAGAGUCUAACGAUGACGACGAUUUGUCCUUUUUUUCAAUAUCUCCUCCUCCAACUCCUCCACAACGACGUAUGCUCGCCGACUCCUCUUCAAAGUGUUAUAUGAGCUGACUUCUUCCGAGUAAAUAUGGUGGUGUGUCUACAACGAAAGCUAUCCAACACCUUCUCCCUGGCUUCCCUUUCGGAUGGACGGCUAAGUUAUUCUUAAUACACUUUUGACACACAACCCCCUCCUCCCCUCCUUUUUUUUUUUUUUUAAAACCUCCUGCCUACUGGACUGUAUCCAAAUGACGAUGUGAGGUGUUUUUUCCCUCCAUCUUUCUUGGGUGGUUGAACUUUUUUUUGGACUACAUUUAUAAUUAAGGAGCUUGUUUUGAAAGCUGACCCUUUGAUGGUGGUUCUAUUUGUUAUUAUAUUCUUAUUAUCUAUUUUUUCCUUGGUAGUCAGAGAAAUGCUCAAGGUGAAUUAUGUUGGUGCGGAGUCAUGUAACAGUCCAACCACCCAUUUCCAAUAUCUCCACAAUGAGUCACACAGCUUGACACAGGUAAUGAACUCAUCCAAGGAGUCAUUGUGUGUGCCUGAAUUUUGCUAGAAGUCCUCACCUCCAAACACCAGGAUCCACCCUUCCAAGUUCUUAAUUUUACCCAUGCUUCUCUGUGGUGCGAUGGUGCCACCUAACACUUCCUGUGCGAGAGACUAGGGAGGUGGCGCUAAGGUAGGAAAUGUCAGAGUGCCUGACAGAAUGCAAAGCGCUGGUAACUCCAUCCACGCGCAACGGCCACCGCGUCUUCAGCUACACACUAGAGAGCCACACGGCCGCCGCCUUCGCCAUCAUGAACGAGCUGCGUUUGGAUCGCCAACUCUGCGAUGUGACGCUCCGUGUGCGCUACAAAGACCUGGAGGCUGUGGAUUUUGUGGCUCACAAGGUGGUGCUGGCCUCGUCAUCGCCCGUCUUCAGGGCCAUGUUCACCAACGGCUUGAAGGAGUGCGGCAUGGAGCUGGUGCCCAUAGAGGGCAUUCACCCCAGAGUCAUGGACAGACUGAUAGAGUUUGCCUACACAGCCAGCAUUUCAGUUGGAGAGAAGUGUGUGAUCCACGUGAUGAACGGUGCUGUCAUGUACCAGAUAGAUAGCGUCGUGAAGGCCUGCUGUGACUUCCUAGUUCAGCAGUUGGACCCCAGCAACGCCAUUGGCAUUGCCAGUUUCGCUGAGCAAAUCGGCUGCACAGAGCUCCACCAGAAGGCCCGGGAAUAUAUCUAUAUGAACUUCAGCCAGGUGGCAACCCAGGAGGAGUUCUUUAACUUGUCCCACUGCCAGCUUGUGACCCUCAUCAGCCGUGAUGAGCUUAAUGUCCGUUGUGAGUCUGAAGUCUUCCGGGCGUGCGAGGCCUGGGUGCGCUACGAUCGAGAAAACCGGCGGCCGUACGUCCAGGCCUUACUCCACGCAGUUCGCUGCCAUUCCUUGACUCCCAACUUUCUUCAAGCUCAGCUCCAGUCUCUGGACUGGGACCCCCAGUGUAAAGACUACCUUGCCCAGAUCUUCCAGGACCUCACUCUGCACAAACCCACCAAAGUCAAUUCUUGCCGAACCCCCAAAGUGCCACAGCUCAUCUACACGGCUGGGGGCUACUUCCGGCAGUCCCUCAGCUACUUGGAGGCAUAUAAUCCUUGUACAGGGGCCUGGCUCAGGCUCGCAGAUCUGCAGGUACCCCGCAGUGGCUUGGCCGCCUGUGUCAUCAGUGGGCUUUUUUAUGCUGUGGGUGGGAGGAACAAUGCCCCUGAUGGCAACAUGGACUCAAAUGCGCUGGAUUGCUACAACCCCAUGAACAACUGCUGGUUGCCCUGUGCACCCAUGAGUGUGCCCAGAAACCGAAUAGGAAUAGGAGUCAUCGAUUGCAUGAUAUAUGCAGUGGGUGGAUCGCAUGGGUGUAUUCACCAUAAUAGUGUGGAGAGGUACGAUCCAGAAAGGGACCAAUGGCAGCUGGUAGCCCCCAUGUUGACGCGGCGCAUCGGCGUGGGCGUGGCUGUCAUCAACAGGCUACUCUAUGCUGUGGGUGGCUUUGACGGGGCCAGUCGACUCAGCUCGUGUGAGUGCUACAACCCAGAGAGGGACGAGUGGAAGACCAUGGCCUCUAUGAACACCACACGCUCUGGAGCAGGUGUGUGCGCCCUGGGGAAUCAAAUCUUUGUGAUGGGCGGCUACGAUGGCACCAACCAGCUGAACACCGUGGAACGCUACAAUGUAGAAACGGAUACAUGGAGCUGUGCUGCCUCUAUGAGGCACCGACGCAGCGCUCUGGGAGUCACUGCAUUACAUGGACGCAUCUAUGUGUUGGGAGGUUACGAUGGCAGCACGUUCCUGGACAGCGUGGAGUGUUACGACCCCGAGGAUGACACUUGGUCAGAGGUAACGCGCAUGAUGUCGGGGCGUAGCGGUGUUGGUGUGGCCGUUACCAUGGAGCCCUGCCAGAAGGACCUUCCUCAGUGUCCUAAACCUGAGCGGGAGAACGGUGGAGUUUCCCAUCACAAUCAGCGACAGAGCACACUGUAAACCCUCAGUCAUCAAUAUCACGCCCUCCCCCGUCCAUGAAUACACACACACACAUGCACAACUUAGGGGUAGGACAUAGCUGAAGUUAAAAGAUCUGAAUGCUGCCUUAAUAGUUCUCGUCACACCAAGUCAGUAUUACGACUUAAAAGAUUUAAAGUCCACUGUAAUCAUGGGUGUAAUCAAUUCUGAACCUGAUUUGUCUUCUGCCAAACCUAACAAGACCUCAGUCUGUCUCUGUGCUUACAUCUGGCAUUUGAAGUCCUCCAGCAGAGCCUCAUCUUCCAGAUUAGACCUUUGACUGAAAAGGGCUUCCUACAGUACGUACACCUUAUUUCGAAUUACACAAAAGCAUAGCUUAUACAGGACAAAGUGGCUGUUGUUGGUCACUAUGGAGUGUUUUAAGUGCCAUCACAAUGCUUGUUAGCUUGGUCAGUGUACUGAAGUACAUCUCCACACAAACCGGUCAUCCGCAAGGUACAACGUAUCCAUGACAACAGACCUCAUGCUAGAGCAUGUUCUCAUCCUCAAUCAGAAACCGCUUUCUCAACACAAGCUCCCUUGAAAUUGUUUGGAAGCACUAAAUUCAUCUUAUAAAUGUAGUCCUACUAGGUUGCAAGUCUAAUUUAAUUAGCGCUCAAUAGGGGUGUAACGGUACGUUUCCGUAACUUUCGGUUUGUUACAGAGGCGUACCAAAUUCCCACGCAUUAAAAGUGAAAGACAGGAAGUGUUUCUUGUGUCAUGCUUUUACUCGUAAUUAAAUACAAGUGUUCACGAAAGGCGAGGUAGUGGUCGAGGGCAGUCAUGCAGGGCACCUCUACAAGCCCGUGAAGCAUGCGGAACACGUCCACAAGCGUGCAGCCUAGCCUGUUAGUCGCUGGAGUCAUGACUAGCCAUAAUGCUAAGAAGACCGAGCCUGGAGAAACUCUUCCGUCAUUUGGUAACACUUUGACUUCCCGGUAAACUACAAAACUAGUGUCUCUAAAGUGCGUCCCGAGUGCCAUCUGCUGAUCAUGAUUCAUUAUUUUUAUGGGCCUGUGGUGCAUUUUAGAAAUAAAUUUAAAAAAAAACCCCAGCAUAAAUGGAAAAAUGGAGGCAUAAUGUAACGAGAAAAUGCUGAAAUGUUCAUACUAGUAAAUAACACACAGAUUUGUCUUAAAAUACUGUAUAUGUACUGGGUAACAGGUUUUUUUUCACCUAAUAAUAAAAUAAUACACAGAUUUGUCUUAAAAUAUAUGUACUGUGUAACAGGGUUUUUUUCACCUAAUAAUAAGAUAAUAAAAAAAAUAAUAAUACAGUGGCCCCUGCAUUCAGGACGCACCCUCAAUGGAAACAUUUUGGAUAGCCCUGACGUAAACAAACAAAGUAGAUAAGACAAAAGCAGUGAGCUGGCCUUAUUUAACUACAAGAUGGAACUAUUAAUGCUGCACCUCAACCAAUAAGGAACUUACAUAUACUAAAAACAAAGUAAUCAUUCAAACUUGUUCUCUUGUACUCAAAGUACUUGCAUUGUUUCAGUUUCCUAAAAAGCCUUGUAAAUUAUGAUCUAUAUGUUUUUUUUAAUUCAAGAAUUGUAUUUAUUGGCUAAGUGGUUUUAUAGUUUGUAUUUUGUACCCUUACUGUACCCCACAUUAAUCGAACCGUGACUUUAAUACCAAGAUACGCACCAAAGCGCGAGGAUCCCGCACCAUUACACCCCUGUCGCUCGUACAUUUUGUUAUUUCUUUGCCCGUUUUGACGCGUCUACUGCUCACAGUGUAUACUCAACAACAGCAAGUGGUUUUUGGCAUGAGGCCUGUUAAGUGACAUUCUGGUGCAAGAGAAGCAGAUACUACAGCAUGUCCAACAGGUUCAACCUGUCGUUUAUGUAGUGCCAAGACAAAGGAUCCUGACUGUGACUUUAAGAUGACUAGUAAUACCGUAGCGUUUUGUUGUUGUUGUUGUUUUUUAAUAAAAACAUCUGGACAGUCGACUUGGUUUUCUCUUCCACCAGACCUCAAAAAGUGACCAUGUUUUUCAGAAGUGUUAAAACUACUGAACACAAAUGACAUAUUUGUAACAGCCAUUUAAGCUACAAAGGUUUCUAAGUGAUGUUUUAUACAUUGAUAUUCAAACAAUUCUUGUACAGAAAUUGAAGAGCUCACUUUUUUUUUAUUUAUUUGUUCAGAUCUUGUUCCUCUUAACUGACAACAGCUUUGUAUUGAAAUGGACUCUGGUGUUGUGUAUUUUUUGGAGCCACAAGCAUGUGUUGUAGAUGACUAGGAAUGCAUGUUGAUGAGGAAAAAAAUGUAAAGACUUUGUUUCACUUUCAAAGGGAUUUUUUUUUCUUUUCUUGGCCAUCUGUUGUUGUGGUGGAAAUUUAAAAGUAUUUAAAAUCGGCUUUGUACAUUUUUCCAACAGAACCCUGUACAAUAGUUAAUUGUAUGUUAAAAAAAAAAUAAAAAAAAUUGUAAGUAAAAUAUGUUUGUUGUA